GCAAUGGGAGCUAAUUUUCCAGAUUCCUGUUUUUGGAAAAAAAUAGCAGCUAAAGCCAAGGAACUUGCUUCCGAUUUGAAAAGCCUUCAAGCCAUCAUUAAAAUUGAAAGAGACUGACUUUUGUAAAAGAUUAAGCAAAGGGCGAGCUUUAAUAGCGAAAUCCUUUAUGAAUCUACGAAAGAAAUUUGCAAGACCGAGAAAACGUUGAAGUUGAACAUUCUUAAGUAUUGGAAAGUCUCUAACAGCCUUAACAUGACGAUCACUUAAGAUCAAAGUACCUCUUUCAAUGAAGACAGUUUUCCUCAACUGUACUAGAUGGCACCAAGAUAUCAUCAAUAUAAACUAAAACUUUAUCCUCGCGCAAAAGAGGUUGAAAGAUUUGGAUCAUUCUCUUUUGGAACUCAGUCGGAGCCUCACAGUAACCAAAAGACCAUGCAAAGCGUUGAGGAGAAUAAGCAUAAGUUGUGUUGUCUUUGAGAGACACUGUGACGGUAUGACCAUCUUCAAUUGGAAUGACAGAAGUAUUCUCGACUUCACGAAUUAAAGUUAUAAGUUUUUCAUCAACCGAUGGUCCGAAAUCAGAUUCGAAAGUAAACUCAUCAGGAAAGCCAGCAGUCACCUUAACAAUAUUGUCGCUAAUUUUAUACGGCGAUCCGAUGUCGACAAAAGCUACCGUCGGUGAAUGGGAAGGCUGGGAAGACUGGAUGAUCUGGAGAGACUGGAAGGACUGGGAGGUCUCAGAAGAUUGUGACGAAGACGUCUCUUCAAUCGAAGCAACCGCUGACGAGCUACCAGAUGAAUUUCCAAUCAAGUUCUGCUCCUUUUUCUUCAGACGAAAGCAAUUGUCCCGGGUAUGCCCCUUUGUCCGACAAUAAACA